AUGGCUUCUUCAUAUUCGGCAUUUCAAGUAAGUUGCUGUCUUCACAAACCGUCCUUCUCAUACAACUUUGAUCGUUUUAAGCCAACACUCUCCUCUGCUUUCCAGCCAUUCCUGAGAGAAUUGCAGCAACUUUCUAUGCGAAUCGAUGUAUCCAAAACCAUCAAGAACACUUCUGUGAAUUUGCUGGACGCUUUUGUUGAUCAUAUGUUUGAAUUCGUUGACCACCCUUUGCUCCCUUCUCAGAGUAACUUUACUCCAGUUGAUGAGUUGGGAGGAGCUGUUCUUGUCACCAGUAUUGAAGGGGAAAUUCCUGAAGAUUUUCCAGAAGGUGUCUACAUAAGAAAUGGGCCGAACCCUCUUUUUGGAGGACUAAAAUCGACAAAAUCUAUAUUUGGGAAGUCUAAUCAUGUGUGGAUCGAAGGAGAGGGAAUGCUUCAUGCUUUGUAUUUUACUAAAGGAACUAAUGGGAGCUGGAACGUUGUUUACAAUAACAGACAUGUUGAGACUGAAACCUUCAAACUGGAAAAGCUGAGAAAUAAGCCUUCUUUUCUUCCUGCCAUCCAAGGCGAUUCACGGGCAGUUUUGUCAGCUUAUUUGCUAAACUUUCUGAGGUUUGGCAAAAUAAACAAAUACUUAAGCAACACCAAUGUUUUUGAGCAUUCGGGCAAGUUUUACUCGAUUUCAGAAAAUCACAUCCCACAAGAGAUUGACAUCUUCACGCUGAAAACUUUGGAUAAUUGGGAUGUCAAUGGAACUUGGAAUCGACCUUUCACCAGCCAUCCGAAGAAAGCUCCAGAUUCUGGGGAGCUUAUCAUUAUGGGGAUUGAUGCAGCUAAACCUUUUGCUGAAGUGGGAGUAGUUUCAGCUGAUGGAAAUAAAUUAGUUCACAGAAUGGAUCUCCGACUCAACAGGUGCACCCUUUGCCAUGAAAUCGGAGUUACAAGGAGUUAUAAUAUAUUUCUUGACUUUCCUCUUUCUAUAGACAUAAACAGGCUGAUGCAAGGAGGACAAUUGAUCAAUUACGAACGCAAAGGAUAUGCAAGGAUUGGGGUGAUGCCUCGCUAUGGUGAUGCAGAUUCAAUCCAGUGGUUCGAUGUGAAACCAAAUUGCACAUUUCACAUAAUCAAUUGCUUUGAGGAUGGGGACGAGGUUGUAGUUUUGGGAUGUAGAGCUCUUGAAUCAGUCAUACCAGGGCCUCCUCUAGAUUUGAAUAAUUCUGAGAGAAAUUCUGAAAGUAGGCAUGUAAAUACCGCAACAGAAGAUGUAUUUUCUCGCCCUUAUGAAUGGAGAUUGAAUAUGCGAACUGGAGAGGUUAAGGAGAGAAAGCUCUGUGAAUCAAAAUUCUCCAUGGAUUUCCCUAUGAUCAACGGAAACCAUACAGGUAUUAAACGCAAAUAUGGCUACACCCAGAUAGUUGAUACAACGGCAAGUUCUCAGUCAGGCAUGCCAAAAUAUAGAGGUCUAGCCAAGUUAUACUUUGAAGAAGAAGCUACACAGUUUCCUUUGGCAAAUCAGAGAGACACGCAAUCUGAAAAGCUGAUAAAAAUGGAAUACUACGAGCUGGAAGAAACCGUAUUUUGCACUGGAGCUGCAUUUGUCUCCAAAGGAAAGGGUUUUGAAGAAGACGAUGGCUGGAUCAUCAGUUUUGUUCACAAUGAGCGUACAAAUACAUCUCAAGCUUAUAUAAUAGACACGAAGAGGUUUUCAAGUGAGGCAGUCGUCAAAAUCACACUGCCAUGCCGAGUCCCGUAUGGUUUUCAUGGAGCUUUCAUGCCUAUGCCGCUGUCCCAUUUAAAGCAUCAAGAUUUUCUCCAGGCCCCUCGUCCAAACUCUGUUGAAGUUCAGUUUUAG